UCCUGCCCGCUCUCUGGGCGGGCCCGGGCCGGGGGCAGGCGGGGCGGCCGGGCUGCAGCGGGCCGGGGCGCGAGCGCUGCGCCUCGGCUUAGACGCGGUCGGCGGGUCGGUCGGUCCGCCUCCCGCGGAGCAGGGCGGCCGCGAUGACUUGGGAGCUGCUGCUCUGGCUGCUGGCGCUCGGCGCGCUGCUGGCGCUCGUGGUGCAGCUGAUGCGCUUCGUGCGGGCCGACGGGGACCUGACCCUGAUGUGGGCCGAGUGGCAGGGGCGACGCCCAGAAUGGGAGCUAACUGAUAUGGUAGUAUGGGUGACUGGAGCAUCAAGCGGGAUUGGUGAGGAGCUGGCUUACCAGCUGUCCAAACUAGGAGUUUCUCUUGUGCUGUCAGCCAGAAGAAUGCAUGAGCUGGAAAGGGUGAAAAGAAGAUGCCUUGAGAAUGGCAAUUUGAAAGAAAAAGAUAUACUCAUUUUGCCCCUUGACCUGACUGACAGAAGUUCCCAUGAAACGGCUACCAAAGCGGUUCUCCAGGAGUUUGGCAAAAUUGACAUUCUGGUCAACAAUGGUGGAAUAUCCCAGCGUUCUUUGUGUGUGGACACCAGCCUGGAUGUCUACAAGGAGCUAAUAGAGGUUAACUACUUAGGAACGGUGUCCUUGACAAAGUGUGUGCUGCCUCACAUGAUUGAGAGGAAGCAAGGAAAAAUUGUUACUGUGAAUAGCCUCAUGGGUAUUGUAUCUGCACCCCUUUCUGGUGGAUAUUGUGCCAGCAAACAUGCUCUUCAGGGAUUUUUCAAUACCCUCCGAACUGAACUUGCCACAUACCCAGGUAUAAUAGUUUCUAACAUUUGCCCAGGACCUGUGCAAUCAAAUAUUGUGAAGAAUGCCCUAACUGAAGAAGCCACAAAGAGUACAGGCAGCACUGCAGACCAGUCCCAAAAGAUGCCAACCAGUCGUUGUGUGCGGCUGAUGUUGAUCAGCAUGGCCAAUGAUUUGAAGGAAGUUUGGAUUUCGGAUCAUCCUUUUUUGUUACUGAUGUAUAUGUGGCAAUAUACACCAACCUGGGCCUGGUGGAUAACCAACAAAUUAGGAAAGAAAAGGAUUGAGAACUUUAAGAGUGGUGUGGAUGCAGAUUCCUCUUAUUUUAAAACCUGGAAGACAAAACAUGACUGAAGGGGUAGUCGCGUUUUUCAAGCCACUGGAAAGAGAAACGGAAAACAUGACAACAGCAAUCUCCCUAUGUACUGAAGACUAAUUUGUGAUGCUUACUUCUUAAUAGAUACAACUUUUCGUUCAAUAUGUAAUAAAUAAGAUUGCCAGGAGUCUUGCAAGAACGAUAUUAAUACAUACU